UCCAAACAGUGAAGUCUGCUACGGUGUCUGCAUUUUCGCCUUUAAAAUUUAAACUGCAGCGAGACACCUAACGUCAGGUUUACAUUCCUACCAAUAUAGCGCAUCUUCAAUUCUAUCUAUCUAUCUAUCAUUACAGCCGGCUGCUAGCGUCCUCCGUGCAGCGCUUGGACCAUGUUUACCUCCCAAACCUCGUCCUUCCAGGACUCAAUUGACGUGGAAGAGAGGGAUGACUUUGACAGCGAAGACAUCGCUGGAUACAGCCAGAAAAUCCAGCUGAACUGCUACUACACCAUCUAUCUUUAUCAAGGCACAAGAUCUGAGGCUUCUGGGGAAAAUGGGGCGUGGAACCAGAGACGAGCAGACUCCACAACCAGUCAGGAUGACUUUAGCCUGACGCUCAUCGACAGCAGCCUGCCAUCAGAGGCCGAACCAGAGCUACGGACCUACAUAUCAAGGAGGCUGAGCAAAGGAGCUUUGCUGGGAGGCAUGGGCAACAUCGCCACCGUAGAACUCAGUAUCCCGGAGCAGGCAGUCGGCUGCUACUGCUGCCUCCUGGAGCAGGAAAGGUCUCCAGAUCAGCCUGAUGCUGAUGGGAAUGGACACGUCAUCUGCUUUAUGGGCGGCUCUGAAAAAGGACUCAACUUAUUCAGAUUAGAGCUUGAUAAAUAUGUCCAAGGACUUCACAGCAGCCUGCAGACCCCAGAGCUGCAGAACCUUGAAACGGAGGUACGUCCUUAUCUGAGCCGGUGGUACGAGGAGUCUGUGAUGCACAUUUAUCGGGUGGUGCAGCUGGUCCAGAGCAACAUCAGCUUCUUGCUGCAUGCUGCUCUGAGCCACACACAUGUGGAGGUCACAAACUCAGAUGAGAGGACGAAGGCUGACGUGUCCAGGUUCAUCAAAGCAGCCAGUUUGCAGGGAUUGUCCCAACAAGACACCACAGCAGCCUCUCUGUGUAAGGCGAUCUCAGAGGACACACAGUCAGACCUGAUCAUCGACUGCUCUACCAGCCCACCAACUCUCUCUAACACUGUCAGCAAUCGUUUCUGUGAUGACUGGAUCCAGGCUUUUCUAAACGCAGCAGAGCGAUGUAAUCCUUUCCUGCUCCGACAGAUUCUGGAGAACUUUAAACUCAAGGCGAUCCAGGACAUGAACAGCCUGAAGCGUUACGUACGACAGGCGGAGAUGAGUCACUACGCUUUGUUUCGCUGCUGCCAGUUCCUGCAGGGCUGCGGAAACGGGGACGUGCUGCUGCAGAAUGCCAGGGCAGAGCACAGCGACCUGCCUGAAGCCUGCAGCAUCAUUUCAGUCCUGGAGGAGUUCCUCAGGGAACAAUCCCUGGCCCAGGCCUGAUCUCACUGACAUAUUACUCCAAGUUGUUGGGCCUGGAUCUACUGCUGGUGAGACAGUCUAUAAAGCAGAUAACCUAGUAUAAUUUAAUUAUAGCACUACCUGGCGUAUCAAACAUCAGUUUGAGGUUAAAGCGUAGCCUAUGUGACACUUUAAAUUGACCAAUUUCUGCAGGUGGAUUCAGGCUUUAAACAUAGAGCAGUUUUCACAAACUUAGUCUUGAACAUUUCAAAAACCAUACAGGUAGGCUGCCCCUGAAAUCUCCUCAUGCACCUCAUAACAGAGGUUAAGUAGGAAGUGGGGGUGUCAGAGGGCAAAAAUGACAUAAAAACUACACAAAAAUAACAAAUGAAGCAACUGAGUCUGCUUUGCGACGCUAUAAUGACAAUUUUGUCUCAUUAUUAAUGAUAUAUGUAGUUCGAUAUAUGUACUUAAUGAAUCAAAAACCAGAGAAGAACAUACCGGGGAACAGGAUAAAUAAUAAAUCAUUGUAUUUUUGUGCACAGACAUCACACCGAUUGCAUGCCAGCUGCGUUCAAAAAUGCAUUUUCCAGAUUAUUUUCUGCUGCAUUGACACUUCAACAGAAAAGGGAGUGCGCUGGAAAAUGUUCAGAUAAAUUUCAUGUUGAAUUUUUUUUCCAUUUGCAUUCACAUAUCUGCAGCUUACCCUGAAAAUAUCAGGACAUUUCCAGAAGCUUUGUGUCUAUGUGAGAGAACACUACAGAAACUCUAAUCUAAGCAAGUCCUCUAGUCCAAAAUGUUUCAUGUCAGGUAUUUUAAGCCACUCUCUCUUGACACAAUGUAUUUUAAGAUAUAAAAAGUAAAAAAGUAUGCAUUGCUUGUAAAAAGUAAAGUAAAAUCUGCAAAUAAGGCAAGAAAAUUUCUUAAGACUGGCCACACACUAGAUGAUUUUCAAGUUUUAAUUUUAAAAACAUGGGAGACGACUGACAUUAGGAUGGUUUCAAAGGAUUUUUCAUCAAAUAUUCCUCUGAACAAACACUGGACGACUCAGCCAGGUGGUCAGACUACUCAGACCACACACCUGCCAACGACCUCACAUGAUCACAUGACUCCAGAAGUAAAACAAACAUGAAUGUCUGUUGAUAUCUUUGACUUGUACCUUCACAUUAAGCUCUCCCGGCAUGUGUUACAGCUGCAGCAAAAACAUAAACGAUGCUACCUUGUCUGUUCGCUCUCAUUGGUUGUUGUGGGUAUGGCAUCUGAGGACCUAGAAUCGUAAAAAUCAAAUGUGUUUGACAUUUACAAUUCAAGGUCUAGGAGGUGACAACGUAAUUUAAAGCAGUAAAAUAAUCACGUGAUGUCACACACUUGGGAAUUAUUCAGACAAAUCAGCUCAGGAUAAGCUCCCACAAUUGUCAAAAAUCAAAUCUGGCCUCAAAUCAGGCUUAAGGCCAGCUCAGACUACACAAAUUCAGCCAGAUUUUGGCCUGGCUGCAGUGUCGCAGCUUAUCGUCAAACAUCUGGCACAGUUAUGAGCAUCGGGAACGACAAACGCUUGUAGUGUGACGUUGCAUCAAAGAUGCCCCACGACUUGACAAGACUAGCAUGUUAGAAUUUUUCUUACAUCGUCAUCUAGUCUGACACCCUGACGUGAUGCCAACGCCUAUCGUGACGCCUACCAGCAGGAGAGCAUUUGCUCCUUCUCUUUGUGUAAUAAUUUCUUAGAGAGGGUGCCUGCUUUUUCUCCAUCCAUCGAUCUAAUGUGUACAUUUUAUUUUCCAUACACUAUCACAUGCAUCCUCUAAGUUCUAUCUAAAGGAAAGCCAGUCCAUGUUGUCCUUCUCUUGAUACAGCCACAGACGGGUCCAGAUUUUAGUCAUACAGUCUUACGUGGUGCCGUUGUGAAUGGCCAAAACAAUCAUGAAGUCUGAGCUAGUCUUAAGUGUCUAAAAAUAUAUGAUCUAUGUACAUUUGUUAAUGCAUCUCUUUAUAAAGCACUAAAACACAAUAUUUAAAUUCAGCCACCAGGGGGCUUGCGAUCAAAACAAGCUAGGAUCACCUAGUGUGACUGAGUUCAAAUGAAUCACGGCAGACGAGGUGAAACUAAACUUGCUUGGAUUAGAAUUUUUGCAGAUUCAUAAAACGGUUUCUUUUACUGGCUGCACAGCUGUUGAUUACAAAAGUGAAAUAUCUGAAUAUUUACUGUAAAACAAAGAAUAAUAGGCUCCCAGCAGCAACAGUGUGAUCAUGAUAUACAAAUAGACUCUGCAGAAUCACUACAUUUAACCAGUAGGGUUAGUUAUAAUAGAGAUUAUGUUAAAAAAGAAUAGACAUGCAGUGAUCUCAGUAGGUGGUUCUCAACUGGAUGGGCUUCAGGAUCCAUCACCAUUUCCUUAUAAUGACAUGCAACCUAAAUUUAGAAAAUGUUCAAACAUACAAACACGUUCAGUGUUACAGUUUGAACCUUAGAUCGAGCAAAACGCGAUUAAACAAAGAGAGGGCAAAACAAAAAUGUUUGAGAAGUGCAGAAGGGCAUGUAUGUGUUAUAUUUUUACUUCCUUUACCUGGAACAAAACAGAAAGUUUGGUAAUUUCUCAAUAAAUUACCUCGUUCUCUUGGGGAACUCUGGGGUAAGCAACAGAAAUUUCCCAGGCACACUUUUGUGACCCCCUGGAAACUACUCCAAGACCGCUGUUUGGCUUGACCCACCAGUUGAGAACCCCUGAUCUAAGUAACACUAUUUCAAAUGACAUUACCUGUGUAGAAACUACGUGGCACUUUUCCUUUUCUUUUCCUUUCCUUUUGUACUUUAAAUGUGUGAAUAUCGAUUAAAUGAACCAAAUAUUGCUAUUUUGUUGCUAACUGACAAUGAGAGAAACACAGAUCCAAACUGAAGCUUCUUCUUGCUCGUUCGAUGUCUAAAUAUUCCUUAUUUUUUAUGUUUUGUAUCAUAUUUGAUUGUUUUUCUUUGUGAAGGAACAUACUGAGGAUGCACGAAUCACUUUGCUGCAUUGCUUGUUACAUACACCUUGCUUUUGUUUAUAUUUCAACCAACAGCUGCACUACUGGAUUAUUGUACACAUGAAUAUGUUGUACGUCUGUAGAGCCAUGUUAGGUGUGAGAUUGAUAGUUUUUCUGGAGUGUAGUGGUAUAAAUAAUGUGAAAUUUUGGAUGUAAUUUUUUUUUCUCCAGAUCAAGACUUAAUGAGAACAGAUCUGUCUUGUGUCUUUACUGUAAAACUUUCUGCAGCCUUAAAAAGAUCUAAAAAGAAAAAAGACAUUAAAACAAGGAGCAUAAAAGAGGGAUCACAGAAAAUAUCAGCAUGCCUAAUUUUUAUUUUGUUUACCCAUAAAAGUUCAUUCCAGUUGAACCAGUCCAAAGUGUGAAACAGCAAUAUAAAUGUUGGUGGUGUAAACUUGAAAGCUGUGAAUGCUGACAGUAAAAAGGAAUUAAACUCUGUGAAUACUGAAGUGACUGUCUGUCUGUCUGUCUGUAUGAAUAUGAAGUUUCUUCUUUGUACAGAGCGCUCUCUAUACUUAUAAAUGUCUGUGUGGUUCUCAGUCUGCUAAAAGUGAAGAUUAAAUUAAUUCCACAGUUGAA